AAAAUUUCUUUGCGAAUCGUGAGCUCCAAGAAGUGCACCAAUGGAGUUUCCACCAGGAACUGAUCAUCUCCGAUGAAGUUGCUCAUCAUUCAUUUACCGCGCCACAACUACACUUUGGAGCAACUGACAAUUAUUUGUUUUGCAAUUUGGAAGUGACAUGCGACUCUGCUCCAGCAAAUUCAACAAAAAUUAUUUUUUCAUGACGG